AUGGUGAAAGAAAAUGAUGCUAUUGCCAUUAUUGUGAUUCUUUUGGUAUUUGCAAUGAUACUUGUCUCUGUAUUUAUAUACAAACUUUCGAGGAGGAGAAUAGACUAUAGUGGUUAUUCUUCAAGCACGGUUUCUGAACAAGAUUCGGCCGAUUCUGCAGAUUCAGCCGAUUCAGCCGAUUCAGCCGAUUCACCACGGCCGCCGCCACCGCCUGGUAUUGGAAGACCUGUCAUGGGAGGUGGAGGAGGGCGUCCGAUAGUCGGUGUUGGAGGGGCAGGAAGACCAGUUGUAGGGGGGGUACCUGGACCUGGGCGUCCGGUGGCGGCGGGAGGAAUGGGUGGAUGGUUUGGUGGUGGGGCACCUGGGAGACCGGUAGUAGGUGGAGGUGGAAUCGGACGGCCCGUUGUUGAAGAUGAUUGA